AUGGGAGGAGCACGAUGGGAUCAGAUCCAGAUCGUGAUGAAGACAGGCAACAACGAUGGAGCAAAUUGCUACAUGAUUCAGUCAAAACACUAUCGAUGGUGGAGAGCGACGAACGACGAUGAAGAAGGGACUGUGGAGAGGAGCAACGAUGACCGAGAGGCUUCACAACAAGAUUUUGGUUUCACAUACAAUGGAUUUCGAGGAGUUGACAUGAGCUUGGACGGGUUGGCGCAUAUUACAGACAAUGGCCUCCUUAUGUUGGUAAACAACACCAAUCAACAGGUGAGUCAUGCUUUGUACCCGCAUCCAAUUCACUUCAAGAAUUCAUCCACUGGCAAAGCUUUAUCCUUCUCUACUACUUUUGUUUUUGCUAUUGGGGAAACCAAAUAUGGUGGCCCUGGAAUGGCCUUCGUGAUUGCACCCUCAAGAGAAUUCCCAGGUGCUUUGCCAAGCAAUUAUUUUGGGCUUUUCAAUAUGACCAACAUCGGCAAACCAUCCAAUCAUGUCAUCGCAAUCGAGCUCGAUUGCCUCCAAAACAAGGAGUUCAACGAUAUCGAUGGAAACCAUGUUGGUAUUGAUAUCAAUGACUUGAAAUCUGUUCAAUCUGCAACUGCUUCUUACUUUAGUGAUAAAGAGAACCAGUUUGUGAACCUAAGCCUCACCAGUGGACAACUCUUGCAACUCUGGGUGGAAUAUUAUGGUGCAGAGAAUCAACUUAAUGUCACUUUAGCUCCUAUUAACAUCCCUAAACCAACCAUCCCACUCUUGUCCUUGAAAAUUGAUCUUUCUGAGUUCAUUGUGGAUCCCAUGUUUGUGGGAUUCUCCUCAGCUACAUACGUCUUGCCAGUAUCCUAUUAUGUUUUGGGAUGGAGUUUUGAAACAAAUGGGGAAGCAAGAGAACUCACUCUCUCUCACCUUCCAAAGCUUCCUCAAACAGGACAUAAAAUGAGACAUAGUCUUUUUAUUGUUGUAUUUUCCGUAAUAGGUGCUACUUCAGUUUUGACCUCAAUCUUCAUCCUCCAAUUUAUUGUGAGAAGGAAGAAAAAGUUUGCCGAAGUUCUUGAAGAUUGGGAGCUCGAUUAUAGACCUCACAGGUUCAAAUAUAAAGACCUCUACAUCGCCACCAAGGGAUUCAAGGAUAAGGAGCUUCUCGGGACUAGGGGCUUUGGUAGGGUCUAUAGAAGUGUAUUACCCACAUCCAAAACAGAGGUUGCAGUAAAGCGAGUCUCCCACAAUUCUAGACAAGGAGAGAGAGAAUUCAUUACUGAGAUAAUCAGUAUAGGUAAAUUGAGGCAUCGGAGCAUAGUCCCACUCUUAGGCUAUUGCCGACGUAAGGAAGAACUCCUUCUAGUCUAUGAUUUCAUGCCCAACGGGAGUCUUGACAAACUUCUUUUUGAUCAAACAACAACAAAGAUGAUUCUGAGUUGGUGUCAAAGAUUUCGAAUCAUCAAAAGCAUGGCGGACGCGUUAUCAUAUUUGCACGAAGAAUGGAAACAAGUUGUGGUUCAUAGAGACUUAAAGUCCAGUAAUAUCUUAUUAGACAAGGAGCUAAACGGAAGAUUGGGAGAUUUUGGUCUUGCAAGAUUAUAUGAUCAUGGAGCUGACCCUGAAACCACCCAUGUGGUAGGAACAUUUGGUUAUCUUGCACCAGAACUUGGUAGGACUGGGAAAGCAAACCCUAGUGUGGAUGUAACAAUAGAGGAUUUUUAUCCGUUUGCAUUUGGGGUUUGUCUACUCGAAAUUGCUUGUGGUAGGAGGCCUAUCGAGCCAGAAGCAUCUGAAGAGUGUGUUGCACUGGUCGAUUGGGUGAUUUCAUGUUGGUGUAGGGGCAGGAUUCUUGAUACUGUGGAUCCAAAAUUGGGAUUGAAUUAUGAUGUGGAGGAAAUGGAGUUGGUGUUGAAACUUGGAUUGCUUUGUUCCCACUCUAUACCAACUAAAAGGCCUCAUAUGGUAGAAGUUCUGCGUUAUUUGAAGGGAGAAGUCCCUCUACCAAAGCUGAGAUUGCUUGGACUGCAAACAGGCAUCAAUGACACAGAUUUUGUGCCUUCAACAGGUUUUGGUGAUGUCUCUACUCACAGUCCUUAUCUUCGGAGCCCAAUGAGUCGGUCAUUAUCAGCUGCAGAAUCUCUACUCUCUCAAGGUCGGUGA